GCCAUGCCGGGCGGGCAGCGGGACGUGCUGGGGGUGCGCAUCGCCCCGGCCCUGCUGCGCUUCGGGGCCGCGCUGCCGGGGCGCCGCUACCGCGCCGAGCUCAGCGUCCGCAACCUGCGCGCCGGGAGCUGCCGCCUCCGGCUGCUGCCGCCGCGCCGGCCACAGUUUAAACUGAUUGUGGAAAAUCCAGAAAAACCUGUUGCACCUGGACUUCAAGUCAAAGCUGUUGUAGAAUAUUGUCCUGAGAGUGAGGAAGAUCUUGAAGACAGACUACUGCUUUUAAUAGAAGAAGAUGUAGUUGAUAUCCCCCUGCUUGGAUUAAUUCCACGCUGUUAUCUGGAAACUGAUUCAGAGAUUAAUUUCGGUACAGUGACUGCAAACAGUAAAGUAAUUAGUAAAGAGAUCAAUAUUGCUAACCAUGGAUCAUCAUCAGGUACAUUUGAGAUAUCAUAUGAUGGGGUUGUGUUACUUAACAUAGAACCUACCAGUGGAGUGGUGGAGCCUGAUUCUUUAAAGGUGGUCAAAGUGGCUAUCUGUACAGAUGUCCCAAGAGUCAUCAAAGAAGUGAUAAAGUGA